AUGGACCUUUCAUAUUCAUAUUCAUCAGCCACAGUUCCCUUAAGCUCUUGCGCCAGGGGCUGGGUUGAUCGAAUCAGCAACAUCUUCCGGAAAGAAAUUGCCGUUGACAUCGAUCAUCUCCCUCCCGUUUCUGUUUUUGAAGUCCCCAAAACGCUCAGCCUUAAAAAACCCGAAGCUUAUACUCCUCAGCUCAUAGCCAUGGGGCCGUACCAUCAUUUACGCCCCGAGCUCUAUCAGAUGGAGAGGUACAAGCUCGCUGCCAUCAAAGAGAUCUCAACCCCAGAGCAGAUUUCCAAUUUCCAACACAUCGUGAUCAACAGGUUGAAGGAGAUAGAUCCUUCUAUCCGGGCUUGUUACAAUAAGUUCAUGGACUAUGAUCAAGAUACGUUGGCGUGGAUCAUAGCAAUAGACGGUUGUUUCUUUCUCCACAUCUUGCAUUCUUAUCUUAGAUUCGCAAGUCUCUUCAAGUCUCCUAAUUCCAAUGAUCAGGGGGUAGAAGGUCCUGCCGUGUCCGGAUGCUUAGUAAAUGGUCCCAUUCAACUCGUGCCAACUUAUACAGAAUUCAGGAACUCAUCGACCUCUUCAUCCUCGUCCUUCUCGACUGAUAAUGAAGAUCCAGAAGUGGCUCACAAUAAUUUGGAAACACUCUUGGACUUGGUGGAGACCAUUGGUCCUAAGCAUACCCAGCGAUUUCUUAGCCCUGUUAAGUUUGUAUCGAGUAUUCCAUGGUCAACUAUUUCUGGGCUGUACAGAAAAGGCAACCUGGGUACUGGAGAGCAAAAUUCAGAACAUGAUGAAAUAGAAAUUCCGUCGGUAUCUCAUCUCUGGCGCUAUGCUAAAGUGCAAUGCAAACCCUUCAUUGGGAGCAUUCAAGAGAUCAAGUUCGUGGAAGAGGAAGCCGCUUUGUACCUUCCUGUAAUGAAUUUGAACGCGAGCUCAGAAGUGAUAAUGAGGAAUCUGGUGGCCUACGAGGCUGCUAUGUGUAAGUCAACCCUUAAAUUUGCUCGAUACGUCAACCUCAUGAAUGGGAUUAUAGACACCGCAGAAGACGUGAAGCUGCUGAAGCAAAAUGGGGUGAUCAAGGGGGUUCUCACGGAUGGGGAAAUUGCUGAUCAAUUCAACGGUAUGCAGAGAUGUUAUGCCGGCUCAGAUCACAAGUCUAACAUCGAGGUUGCCGUUGAGAAAGUUAACAAAUUCUACGGCAAGAAGCUUUUGAUCAGGACGGUUAGAGGGUUGAAGAAGAAUUUGUAUGCUUCAUGGAAAUGUCUGGCCCUGGUUUCCACUGUGGUGCUGCUUGUCGUGCUUAGCUUGCAGACCUUUUGCGAAUUCUAUCAGUGCAGCAAAAUCUGGAACUUCCACCAGGAACCAUCAUGAUCAUCUCAAUCAGCACCAGGAAGCAAAAUGUCUGUUUUAAUUGAA